AUGGCUGCGGGAGGAGGAUGCGGGGAAACGGUAGAGCAGUGCCGGGUUGAGGUGGACCGCUUAACGCGGGAGCUAGCCGAGGCCAACCGGGAGAAGAUCCGGGCGGCGGAGUGCGGGUUGGUGGUCCUGGAGGAGAACCAGACCCUGAAGCAGCAGUAUGCAGAUCUGGAGGCCGAGCAGGAGGCGCUCAGGCUGGAGCUGGAGCAGCUGCAAGAGGCGUUCAGCCAGGCCUACUCCACCCAGCGUAAGGUGGCAGCAGAUGGGGAGACCAAUGAGGAGACCCUGCUGCAGGAGUCUGCUAACAAGGAGGCGUACUACAUGGGCCGCCUCCUGGACCUCCAGUCAGAGCUCAAGCACAAUCGGGCCACCGUAGCCAACGCCCAGGCCGACAACGAGCACCUGAGCGCCCUGCUGCAGGAGCUGCGAGAGAGUAACGAGAUGCUGGAGCUGCAGCGAAGCCGGAUGCGAGAGGAGAUCAGGGAGUACAAGUUUCGAGAAACCCGGCUGCUCCAGGACUACACCGAGCUGGAGGAGGAGAACAUCUCGCUGCAGAAACUGGUCUCAACACUCAAACAAAACCAGGUGGAGUACGAAGGUUUGAAGCAUGAGAUCAAGGUCCUGGAGGAGGAGACCGAACUCCUCAAUAGCCAGUUAGAGGACGCCCUGCGCUUGAAGGACAUAUCCCAGGCCCAGCUGGAGGAGGCCCUGGACUCUCUGAAGAAUGAACGGGAGCAGAAGAACCACCUUCGCAAGGAGCUGGCCCACCACCUCAGCCUGUGUGACGUUGCCUACACCGGCAGCGCCCACCUGGCGUUCGCCUCCGCCCCUCCCAGCGGCACGGCGACACCCACCACAUUACUCUCACCAAACGCAGAAGACCCAACAAGGUGUAAUGGUCAUAUCCAAGGAGGGACGGGAGCAGCGACACCCACAGGGUCACUGCCUAGGGCGAAUGGAGAGUGCCGGGGAUUGGGGCGUAAAUCCGAUGUUGUGCCGCCGGACCUCUUCAGCGAGAUGAACCUGACGGAGAUCCAGAAGCUCAAACAACAGCUGUUGCAGGUUGAACGGGAGAAAGUUGCUCUUAUGAACAGCUUGCAGGAGUCCCAGACUCAGCUGCAACACACACAGGGGGCCUUGACUGAGCAGCAUGAGAGGGCCCUCCGCCUCAGCCAGAAAGUCACUGCUCUUCGCCGCCUGCACCGGGGGGCCCAGCUCGCCCAGCAGGUCCACGCCGACAUGGUGCCUCCAGUCCUGAUGGAGCAGAGCACAGUGCAUGGGGAGGGUGAAGACGAGGGAGAACGUGAGGAGGAUAACAGUGGGACAGUGGGUAAAAGUCAGGUGUUUUCAUACCAAACACCAGGCCUGGAGAUCCUGCAGUGUAAGUAUCGAGUGGCCGUGACUGAAGUGGUGGAGCUCAAGGCGGAGGUGAAAGCCCUUCGGGAGAGGCUGGCUCAUUGCGGGGAGGUUAUGAUGGAAAGGAAGCCACAGGGAGAAACCCAGCUCCGAAAUCUAGAGGAGCAGGUGGCCAGGCUGGAGAAAAGCUGCCGGGAAGGACGGGAGAAGAUUUCCAGUCUGGAGUCGGAGUUGCAGGCAGCUCAGACAGCAGCCAACGAGAGCCAGGGGGCGUUGAACGCAGCUCAGGAUGAGCUGGUGACACUGAGCGAGGAGCUCGCCCAGCUCUACCACCACGUCUGUCUGUGCAACAACGAGACCCCCAACCGCGUCAUGCUGGACUACUACAGGCAAGGCAGGGGUCUCAGGGGCCUCAGCGCCGGUCUUAAAGCCAUGUCUUCGGACGACAGCCGAGUUCUCCUCACGCCGCGCCUCGCCAGACGACUGGCCGCUGUUGCCUCGGCAACCUCCAGUCCCGCAGAGUCUCGGAGCCCCUCUGAGUCUCCAUCCAAAGAUCCCCUGUCUGGGGAGGUGGGGAAAGAGGGGAAGGAUGGUGCCAAGGAGGGCCUACAGGUCACAUCUCAGCAGAGCCCAGGCCCUCGUACUCCUCCCACUGGCUCACCCAGCAUCAGUGCCUCUUCAUCGUCGUCGUCAUCAUCGUCGCCUGCUCUGGAGCCAGCUGGCGAGCUUCGCAAGGAACCCAUGAACAUCUACAACCUCAAUGCCAUCAUCAGAGACCAGGUGAAGCAUCUCCAGCGGGCAGUGGACAGGUCUCUCCAGCUGUCUAGACAGAGAGCUGCAGCCAGGGAAUUGGCUCCUCUACUGGACAAGGACAAGGAGAGCUGCAUGGAAGAGAUUCUGAAGCUGAAAUCACUGCUCAGCACCAAGAGAGAACAGAUAGCCACGCUCAGGCUGGUCCUCAAGGCUAACAAACAGACGGCAGAGGUCGCCCUGGCUAACCUGAAGAGUAAGUAUGAGACAGAGAAGUCCAUGGUGACCGACACCAUGAUGAAGCUGAGGAAUGAGCUGAAGGCCCUCAAGGAGGACGCCGCCACCUUCUCUUCCCUCCGAGCCAUGUUCGCCACAAGAUGUGACGAGUAUGUAACCCAGUUGGACGAGAUGCAAAGGCAACUGGCUGCAGCCGAGGACGAGAAGAAGACGCUCAACUCCCUCCUGCGAAUGGCCAUCCAGCAGAAACUGGCCCUCACCCAGCGCCUGGAGGAUUUGGCCUUUGAUCAGGAGCAGUCCCACCGCACCCGCGAGGGCAGGGUGACCCGUGUGAAGACCAGCACCCCCAAAAUCGUCAGUAGCCUUCUGCCACAGUGCCGUACCUCGUUCCCUCCUCAGAGCUGAUCACAGUUUGAGCCUCCGCAGCUCAUUUCACAGCCUUGUAUCGCCCCUGUUUGAUCACCGACCCCACAUCCCCUCAGCAGCAGCCUGCCAUGAGUGCCUCCUCUCUGGCUUCCUCAUUUCCUCUCUGGUGUCUCCAUCCUCAUGGACCAACAGCCUUCCCACCACUAAGCCCUGACACUGUCCACCGAGAAGACUCACACCCCUUACUGGCAUCUGCAGGGCAAAGCCAAGCCAGCACCCUGCCAUGAAAGAAAACCACCCCGCAAUGCCUCUAGAGGGAGUGCCAGGCUGACUUUUGGGUUGCAGUGUGAUGAGAGAUACUGUCACAUUAUAGCGAAGCCUCACUCACUGACUCACGGUUAUCACCUCUACCUAUCUAUCCAUGUAUUCAUCUUUUAAUUUAUGGUGUACUGCAUUA